GGAUAGAAAAGUCGUUAGUCGGAAGGUACGUCAUAUCCUGGCGUUUACAGGCUUUUGGUGGGAAAAUAUGUGCACCUUUACGCACAUUUAACUCAUAAUCAAAAUCUGUAGUAUGAAUUUUCUGUAACAGCAGAGUAACGGAUAUAUGCCAUGCAUAUAACGCUGUGAACAAAUUACGCGGAACAGCCCUUUAGGUGUGCUAAAGUCACCAAAAUCAUUAGGGAGAGUUGCCUAUUGUUUGUUAGCAUGCUAACAUGUUAGUCAUCGGUUUAUCUGACCAAUAAGAAAUUAAACUUUCAGGAUUAAAUCACUUCCAGUGGAGAGAAACUGGAUGUGUCUUAUGACUUGUUAGCCGUUUGCGAUCGCUUCGUGGGGAGGCACGCGCCCGUUUGGUUUAUGUGACUGAUCAGUGAAUCGAUCAGCUUUUAGCCUGACGAUCAUCAGUAACAACAACGAUAUGCCAGAAAUCAAACUCAAGCACGUCGUGUCGUGCACCACCGAGGACUCUACGCACAAGGCAGACAACCUCCUGAGCUCUGACACGUACAGAAAGUGGAAAGCAGCCAGACCCGGGGAGAAGCAGAUAUCAGUCAUUCUCCAGUUUGAAAAGGAAGAGCAGGUGCACAGCAUUGAUAUUGGAAAUGAAGGUUCAGCUUUCAUUGAGGUGUUGGUGGGAAAUUCUUCAGCUGUCAGAGAUCAAGACUAUGAGGUUCUCCUGGUUACGUCUUCCUUCAUGUCGCCCACGGAGAGCCGCAGUGGCACCAACAUGAACCGUGUGCGUUUCUUUGGGCCCAACCAGCUGCAAAAGAGCACAGCUCAGGAGAAGUGGGACAGAGUGAAAAUUGUGUGUAGCCAGCCAUACAGCAAGAAUAUUGCAUAUGGGCUUGCCUUUGUUAAGUUUCAUUCGCCACCUGACAAAAACGAUCCUCCUCCAACUUCCUCCCCAAAACUGACAAAGCUGGGACAGUUCAGGGUGAAGGAUGAGUCUCCUGCAUCCGGGCCCAGCCUUCAACCUGGCAGUCUCUUCUUCAGUCGGGAGAACGCAACAAAGUCCAGCACUUCACUCAAAGCGUCUCCUCAGAGUGAGAAGAUAAGCUACGCUGCUGCUGCUCUGCAAGCAAGCGGCAGCUCCCACUCAUCAGGCCAGGCCUCGUCUUCCACCUCUGCCUCACCACAGCCACCAGCAAAAAGGAAAUUUGAAUUCAGCAAAGAGCGACAAUCUGCCCCCAGCCCUCCUCCCUCGAAGAAAAAAAGUCCAUCUGGUUCACCUGAGGGUAAAGCCGCAACCCCCAAACACAAGCCGAGUUCAGUCAGUACACCCAGCCCAAGCACGGCCAAAGCAUCACCAGUUCAGAAGGCUGCUGACAGGAAGAGGGAGAGUGAGUCUAAACCUGAGCCUAAAACUAAACAGAAGGCAAAAUCCCAGAAAGAGCAGCAGGUCCCAUUCACCCGGCUCAUGGAGGGGGUGGUGUUUGUCCUCAGUGGAUUUCAGAACCCCUUCCGAGGGGAGCUGAGAGAAAAAGCGCUGGAAAUGGGAGCCAAGUAUCGACCCGAUUGGACGCCUGACGCCACACAUCUUAUCUGUGCCUUCGCUAACACCCCCAAGUACAGCCAGGUGAAAUCAGCGGGUGGAAUCAUCGUACACAAGGAUUGGGUGCUGGAUUGCCACAAGAGGAAGCAGAAAAUCUCCUACAAAAGGUUUCUGAUGGAUGGACCCGAAUCGAGCUCAGAGAGUGAAAUGGAAGUGGACGACGAGAGCGAAGAGGAAAUGAACACAAAGACGCCGCAGAAGAAGGAGAAACAAGUCACGGCCAAAAAGACGCCAGAGAAGAAGGAGGAAGAUGAUGAGUAUGCUGGCUCCACUGAUGUGGAUGAACCAGGAGGCGAUGAUGAUGAAUCUGCAGUGGACACAGAGGAUGAGCUGCAGAGGGUGGAAGAGGGGAGAAAACAGAAGAAAGUAGCAACAGAAGGAACGGUGGUGAAGGACGAGGAUCCGUACGGGGGGUCGACGGAUGAAAACACAGACGCUGAAGCUGAAGAGGAUCAUCCCAUCCCCGAGCUCCCAGAUUUCCUAAGCGGAAAGCACUUUUUCCUCUACGGUAAAUUCCCCAAUAAUGACAGACGACUGCUGUUACGAUACAUUGUUGCCUUUAAUGGAGUGAUCGAGGACUAUAUGACAGAGAAGGUGCAGUUCGUGGUGACCAGUGAAGGGUGGCACGACUCCUUUGAAGACGCGCUGAUGGAGAACACCAAUCUGAAUUUUGUCAAACCGGAAUGGAUUUAUGCAAUCAGUGCACGACAAAAGAUGCUGCCCUAUCAGCCCUACACCGUCGUCCCCUGAACUAUACACUGUAUGCAGCGUGCGGCCGCACUCUCACCCCUCAUCCUGAUGAAGGAGCAGCAGGGAAAGCCAUAAACACAUUUUCCGUUUCAGAUAAACAGCUACACUUUCAAAGAGCAAUAAGUCAACUGUUUGUUAUUAUCGAUGCCUUUAUAUUGGACUUCAUAUUUGAUAUACAUAUAAUUUCUCCACCUCAAGCAGUUCUCUCUGCAAAUGUUUUCAACUUUCGGCCAAGCUCUGCAGACUGUCCACUACAUAGUGUUUCUUUCUUGAGGUUAUUGUUAGGAUUAAGUAUAGGUUUAUUUUUAGAUUGCGCUCUCGAGGGUCGUUAGCCCCAGCUUGGCCAGGAACCAAUUUCAUCAUCUCCACCAUCAUCAUCAUCAUCCAUGUGCUGCUGAGUCUCUUGGGCUUUGUGAAUGAAGCAGACACUCUGGCUCAGGACUUGUUUGAAUUUCUCACUUCCUGUGCUGCAGUUUGUUGCUGCUCGCUUCGGCUACCUCAGGCACUGUCUGGAAAUGAGUUAUCACCCUGUCCUGACAGCCAGCAGCACUGAUAAUGCACCAUUUGUGUAAGUGGGAAGACUAUUAUGAAAACGACCCAAAGUCAGGUGAAAGAUGUCAGUUAUGGAAGGUUACGGCCAUGGGAAAAAAGAAGAAACUGAACAUUUUUGUUCUUCGUUUUAUUUGAUUUAUUUAAAAAAGGGAUAACAUUAUUAUAGGCUGAGGACAUAAAACAGACAUCAGUGUCGGCGUCCUUUUUAAGAUUCUCAUUAAUUCAAGUGCAAGUGUCCAGCUUAACAUCUCCUUUGCUGCUUGGCCAAAGUGGCUUGUUCAGUUCUCUGUCUCAAACUUCUUUCUCCUUGUAAUACCUAAUUAUUUUGUCUAAAUAAAAAAAAAAAGAUUUUUAAUUAAAAA